CCGGCCCGGCCUCGCCUCUCUGCUGCUGCCGGUGGCUCACGCACUGAGGCGGCUGCUGCUGCUGCUCCUGGCCCCGCAGAAACCCGCCGCCGCCUGUCCCAGUCGCCGGGCGCUGCCGAGCCCGCUGCCCGCGGUGUCCGCCCGUGGGGUGCGGCAGGGAGGGGCCGGGCGGCCGGGGCCUGCGUGGCUGAGCGGCCUGGUCGGGCGGAGAGAUGAACACGGUGUUGUCCCGGGCCAACUCGCUCUUCGCCUUCUCGCUGAGCGUCAUGGCGGCGCUGACCUUCGGCUGCUUCAUCACCACCGCCUUCAAGGAGCGCAGCGUGCCCGUCCGCAUCGCCGUCUCCCGGGUCAUGCUAAAAAAUGUGGAAGACUUUACUGGGCCUAGAGAAAGAAGUGAUCUAGGAUUUGUUACAUUUGAUGUUACCGCAGAUCUGCAAACUAUAUUUGAUUGGAAUGUUAAACAGUUAUUUCUGUAUUUAUCUGCAGAAUAUUCAACAAAAAACAAUGCCCUGAACCAGGUUGUCCUUUGGGACAAGAUCAUUUUGAGAGGAGAUAGUCCAAAGCUGUUACUAAAAGACAUGAAAUCAAAAUACUUUUUCUUUGAUGAUGGAAAUGGUCUCAAGGGAAACAGAAAUGUCACUUUGACUCUCUCGUGGAACGUUGUACCAAAUGCUGGCAUUCUACCUCUUGUGACAGGAUCAGGACAUAUAUCUGUUCCAUUCCCAGAUACUUAUGAAACAGCAAAAAGUUAUUAAAUUAUUAUACUGAAUCCUAAGCAACAUAUUUUUAUACUUGUAUAUUAUGAAUAAAUUUUAUCACUUUCUCCUCCUAUCCCCUGCAGCUCUCCAGUCAAAGGUACUUGAUUUCUUUGGCUCCAACUGAGCAGGAAAAAAAACAGCUGAAAUUUAGACUUUUUUAAUUAUUAUUUUAAAUAAAACAUUGAUGCAGAAACUUAAAGGAAAGGUAAACUGAUAGUUUAAAAUUUUUGAAUUAACUUUUUUUUGUUGGCCAUAUGGGUAGAAAAAUAUGUUUCUUAUAAAUAAACAUUUAAAACCAGAA